UCAAGAAAAAAAAUAUAUAAUAAUAAAAAUGGGCGUUGAAGAACUUGUACUAGAAAGCUAAGAACCAGAAGUGUACAUAUAUAAACACAACUUAAGCACUUAAAAAAUUUCAUCUUUUGCAAUCCAAAUCAAAAUGAACACAAAACACAACUCUUACAAACUAUCCUAUUGUCUUCUAAUCCUCUUUUCAACAUUCACAUUAGCAUUAUCAUUAGAUUCUACAUACAUCAACUUCCUCCAAUGCUUAAAAAAACAAACAAAUUCAUCAACAAACAUCUCAAAAAUUCUCUACUCCAAAGAAAACACAAAUUACAAUUCAAUCCUAGAAGCCUACAUCCGAAACCUUAGAUUCACAUACCCAACAACACCAAAACCACAACUUAUAAUCACACCCUUGACCACCUCCCAAGUAUCCGCCACAGUCGUAUGCGCUCGCAACCUCGGCCACCAACUCAAAAUCCGUAGUGGCGGCCACGACUUCGAUGGAUUAUCCUAUGUCUCCGACCACCCCUUUAUCAUCCUCGACAUGUUCAACUUCCGUCGUAUCGAGGUCAACCCUAAGGCCGCAACCGCCUACGUAGAGGCGGGUGCAACAUUAGGUGAACUCUUUUAUAGGAUACAAGAAAAAAGCAACACUCUGGGGUUCCCGGGCGGGGUGUGCCCUACCGUAGGUGUAGGAGGCCACUUCAGCGGUGGCGGAUACGGCAACAUGAUCAGAAAACACGGGUUAACCGUGGAUCAUAUAAUCGACGCCGUGAUUAUUGAUGUUCAAGGUCGUAUAUUGAACCGGACCACCAUGGGUGAGGACUUGUUUUGGGCUAUUCGAGGUGGCGGUGGUGCUAGUUUCGCUGUUGUCGUCUCAUACACCGUUAAUCUUGUCCCUGUACCGGAGACAGUAACCGUUUUUACCAUUAAACGGUUUCUAUCAGAUGGUGCUACUGAUUUGGUUUACAAGUGGCAGCUUUUAAUGAAAGAUAUUGAUCAUAAUCUGUUCAUAAGGUUAUUGUUACAACCUGCAAAUGAUGAAAAACAAAAAGGUAACCUAACCGUACGAGUCACAUUUAUGUCACUCUUUUUAGGUGACUCGAAUUCGUUAGUGUCUCUACUAGACGAAAAAUUCCCUGAACUCGGACUCAAGAAGCAAGAUUGCUUCGAGAUGAGUUGGGCUAGAUCGGUAAUGUAUUGGGGAAACUACGACAACAAUACUUCCUUAGAAGUUUUAUUAAAUAGGAGUUACACAAAUAUCUAUUUAAAAAGAAAAUCGGAUUAUGUACAAAAACCCAUCACAAAAGUAGGGUUGGAGCUAUUAUGGAAGAAAUUGAUUGAGUUGAAAAGAAUAGGGUUGGUGUUUAACUCUUAUGGAGGGAGGAUGAACGAGAUUUCGUCGUCGGAUACACCAUUUCCUCACAGGAGAGGGAACUUGUUCAAGAUUCAAUACUCAGCUGAUUGGAAAGUUGGAGGAAAAAUGGAUGAUGAUCUUAAUAUGGGGUUAAUUAGAGAGAUUUAUGAAUUUAUGACACCUUAUGUUUCUAAGAAUCCUAGGGGUGCUUACAUAAAUUAUAGGGAUGUUGAUAUUGGUGUUAGUCGUAAUUGGACUUACAAAGAAGGGGAAGUUUAUGGUAGGAAGUACUUUAUGGGGAAUUUUGAUAGAUUAGUUAAAGUUAAGACUUUGGUUGAUCCUAAUAAUUUUUUUAGGUAUGAACAAAGUAUUCCAAUAUUGAAAUAAUUAUAGGGAAAAUAAUAUGCAAAACUUGUAUUAGUCUUGAAUUGAAUCAUUUCUUUUCUUGUAAUUUCAUUUUUACAUUGAUUUAUGCAAAGAAUUUAAUGGAAAAGAUAAAGUGAUGGGGGCAAUUAGCAUGUGUAUGUGGGGCUAUGAGUGCAAUAGUGGAAUUCUUGAUUGAUUGAGUGGUGGUGGUUUUGGAAUAGUGUCGGUAGAUAUAAACUAGAAAUAAAUUGUGUUAUCUUCUCUUUUUUUCGUGUGUUUAUAAAAAAGUUCUUUUAACACUU